CACCAACCCACCCACUGGCCCUGGCUUUGCAACUAAAACCAUUUCUUUUCUCUCUCUUCCCCUCAACGGCGCCGCUCCACGAGCUUCUCCUUGUCAUCCCACCCGCCACAGCGUUUCGAGACCUGCUUCGAUUCUCUCCGGGAUUUUCUUCUUCUUUUUUGUCUUCUGUUUCGACUUGGCUGCUUCAUCACGCGCCACACCAAAAAAAACACACGCAUCUUGAAAAUUUGCAACCCCACCAUCGCCCACCAUGUCGGACAAGCUCACUCGUAUUGCCAUCGUCAACGAUGACAAAUGCCGUCCUCGCAAGUGCCGACAAGAAUGCAAGAAAUCUUGCCCUGUUGUUCGAAGUGGCAAGCUCUGUAUCGAAGUCGCUCCUGAUUCCCGCCUCGCCUUCAUCUCCGAGUCCCUUUGCAUCGGUUGUGGUAUCUGCCCCAAGAAAUGCCCUUUUGACGCCAUCACUAUUAUCAACUUGCCCACCAACCUCGAGAGCCAGGUCACUCACCGAUAUGGCCCCAACAGCUUCAAGCUUCACCGUCUCCCCAUGCCUCGCCCUGGUCAGGUUCUCGGUCUUGUCGGAACCAACGGUAUUGGCAAGAGUACCGCCCUGAAGAUUCUCAGCGGCAAGCUCAAGCCCAACUUGGGCCGAUACGAUAACCCCCCUGACUGGGAAGAUGUCAUCAAGUACUUCCGUGGUUCUGAAUUGCAGAACUACUUUACCAAGCUUCUUGAAGACGAUCUCAAGGCCGUCGUCAAGCCUCAAUACGUAGACCAGAUUCCCAAGGCUGUCCGUGGCCCGGAGAAGAGUGUCCGAGCCUUGAUCUCUAGCCGUGACACUCUCAAGAACAUGGACAGUGUCGCCGAUAUCCUUGAGCUCAACCACAUUAUGGAUCGUGACAUCACCCUCCUUUCCGGUGGUGAGCUUCAGCGUUUCGCCAUUGGUACCGUCUGUGUGCAAAAGGCCGAUGUCUACAUGUUUGACGAGCCUUCAUCUUACCUCGAUGUUAAGCAGCGUCUGAGUGCCGCUCAAAUCAUUCGAUCUCUGCUCCGCGAUGAUGACUACGUCCUCGUCGUCGAGCACGAUUUGUCCGUCCUUGACUACCUCUCCGACUACAUCUGCGUCUUGUACGGAAAGCCCGCCAUCUAUGGUGUUGUUACUCUGCCUUACUCUGUUCGUGAAGGUAUCAACAUCUUCUUGGAUGGUCACAUCCCCACUGAGAACUUGCGUUUCCGUGAGGAAUCGCUCACUUUCCGCAUCGCUGAAGUUACUGACGAGCUGGCUAUUGACCGCUCGCGUGCCUUCAAGUACCCCAAGAUGGAGAAGACCCUGGGCAACUUCCGUCUCCGCAUCGAUGCUGGUGACUUCACCGACUCUGAAAUCAUUGUCAUGAUGGGCGAGAACGGUACUGGCAAGACCACCUUCUGCCGUCUCUUGGCUGGUGUUCUCAAGCCCGACAGCAAGGCUGGUGUCCCCGAGAUGAAGAUUAGCAUGAAGCCCCAGACCAUUACCCCCAAGUUCGACGGCACUGUCCGCCAGCUUUUCUUCAAGAAGAUCAAGCCCGCUUUCCUGUCUCCCCAGUUCCAGACUGAUGUUGUUAAGCCUCUGAAGCUCGACGACUUCAUUGACCAGGAGGUCAAGAACUUGUCCGGUGGUGAAUUGCAGCGUGUUGCCAUUGUUCUUUCUCUCGGUAUGCCUGCUGAUAUCUACCUCAUCGACGAGCCUUCUGCCUACCUCGAUUCCGAGCAGCGUAUUAUCGCCUCUCGUGUCAUCAAGCGCUUCAUCAUGCACAACAAGAAGACCGCCUUUGUCGUCGAACACGAUUUCAUCAUGGCUACCUACCUUGCUGAUCGUGUCAUUGUCUUUGACGGCAAGCCUGGUAUCGAUGCUCACGCCAACAAGCCCGAGUCUCUCCUCACCGGCUGCAACGCCUUCUUGAAGAACCUUGACGUUACUUUCCGUCGUGACCCCACCAACUACCGUCCUCGUAUCAACAAGAAGGACUCUCAGCUCGACCAGGAGCAGAAGCUCGGAGGCAACUACUUCUUCUUGGAGGAUGGCCCCGACAAGAGUGCUUGAAAAGGGCAACUACAAGGAUAAUGGUCGCCCUGAUCACACUUGCUUCACUCCACCACCAGGAAUGAGCAAGGGAUCACAACUUAAAAGUGGCGCUGGAGAGGAAAAUGGACUAGGCUUAGAUGAAUGCUGCGCCAGCGAGGAUAACGAUCCAGACGAUUAGCCACGGCGACGGCAGUCUAUCACCUGUUGUCUGGUCCUGCAGAACAUAAUGUCCGUCAGGUUUAUCUUAUCUGGUAAACCACGGCUCUGCAGAUUGAGGGACAAUGGAUCAAGCUAACGAUGACUGCCGUCUCAUGUUUCCUAGCCUCGCGGGAAACGAUCUUCGUUUUUUGUUUAAAAAAAGCAAACCUAUUUUUAUGAUGUUUUGUCAAUAAACUUUAUGCUAUCUCAAUAAAAAGCUAGUUCAAGAUUAUGCAAUC